UGUGUUUGUGUUGGUGCACGCCUCUGUAUCAGUUCCAACUGUGGAGAAGAUCAAUUUUCAGAUGAGCUACGACGGUUUAGCUGUCAGUAUUCAAAAUGUAUAAAUAUAUCAGGAAUUUGCAAAUUGCAUAAAUAUUUCAAUAAUUUGCAAUCUUUUCUUUUAAUUCUGUAUAGCGUAAAGAAAUGCCAUUCCCAAAGAUUUUUUCAAGAACUUCAUCUAUCAGUAGUCCAACUGCUUCUCAGGAUGCUUCUACAAAUAGUACCGGAACCAUCAACGAGCUUGAUCUUACUGGCAAAACAAGUAAUGGACCACCUCAGGUGGAUAAGGGUAAUCAACAUUUUGCUCAUUUGAGAAGAGCAUCUUUACAUAAGUCAUCCGAUAACUUGAUUGUUAACUUGUGAUUGCGUUCGGUUGGUAAAUACCGCGAAACCGAGGCAAGUCUAAGGCUUUGAAAGUCUUCUUUAUUGAUGGUUUAAGGAUCACGUUUAUUAGUUGGUUAUAUUUAUUAGUUGAUUAAGUUCCCAAGUGGAUUCUAUAUAAGUUUUUUGGUUUGGGAUUUUGGGUUUCUUAGGGGUUUGUUUUUUCAUUUUUUAUUUUUUU